AUAAGAGGGUUCGUGGUUUAAAAGGCGAGGCAGACUUUGAGUAAGACACUCCUCGCUGCAGAGUUGUCUAGCUCACCCUCACAGCAACCAUGACCUUCGACGGUAACUGGAAAAUUGAUCACAAUGACAACUACGACAAAUUCAUGGAAAAAAUGGGAGUUAACAUGGUGAAGAGGAAGCUGGCCUCUCACGACGGCCUCAAGAUAACCAUCGCACAGACUGGAGACAAGUUCCAUAUCAAGGAGAGCAGCAAUUUCCGCAACCUGGAAAUAGACUUCACCCUGGGGGUCACCUUCGAGUACAGCCUCGCAGAUGGAACAGAAGUAUCAGGCUCGUGGGCUUUGGAGGGAGACAUGUUGAAGGGGAUCUUCACCAGAAAGGACAACGGAAAGAAUCUGACAACAACCAGAAUCGUCCAGGGAGAUGAACUCAUACAGAGCUACAACUAUGAAGGUGUGGACGCGAAGAGGGUUUUCAAGAAGUGUUAGACCAAACUGACUGACUUCAUGAUUACAUACAGUAUUGUGUUGAAUUAUCAACUAGCCUACUUACAACAUAAUAACUCAAUAAAAAAUGCACUAUACCUGUUUAGUAUAUGAAACAGAUUUUAAUUGCACCGGAUUUUGAUACUUGCAGUAAUAAAGCAAUACUGUGACUGAC